UGGUAUCUUUGAACUUUAUUUUUCAGCAAGUUGAAUUUACUUUUUUUAUAACGACUUGAUCGCACAAUUUAAAAACGCUUGGGGGAUUUACGUUUCUAGCUGUGCGAUCGUAUGUUUUCUCUUUUUCAGUCUGUGAAGCUCUUUUAUGCUGUCGACUACCAUGAACUAUGGACUAUUGGGUGAUUUUCAUCAUGAAUAUGUUUAUUCUGGUCUUUACUUUCAUUAUUUGAAGACCUGUUGAUCGAUUGCUUCUUUAUUCUAUCUAAAAUAGCCGUAAAGAACGAAACGAUUACAAAAGCACACAGCAUUAAUAAAAUAACUUUACAGAGUGUCGCGAAAUAAUUCCUGAACUGAAUAUCGACGAAUGAAACAGAAAAUUAGUGCCUGUUGAAUUAUCAAGCAAGAAAGUCGUUUCGCGCAAAAAUUAAUUUAUUUUAUACUUAAAAGUGUUCAUUUAAUGCCAAUUACCUUAAAAAUGCAAAGACUGAUAAAGUAGUGAUAAGAGAUUGUUGAAAAUAAAAGCGUGUAAAAUAGCACAGAAAAUACGAAGCCAUAAACAGAUUGCAGCGAGACUAUAAUGUUAUGCUGGAAAAUGCAUCUACGGACUAUGGAGAGAUAUUAAUUUAUGAAAAAUACGUGAACACUCUACAUGAACUUAUCUAUGAGUUAAUAAUACAAUUGGACUGUAAAGAUCGAGAGAUUUUAGCCUUGGAGAAUUCAGCAGAUAAAUCAGUAACACAAACUAGUGCAACGAUUGGAAGUGACCUUAAAAAAGAAAAUCCCAAAGUUACCGCUAUUGCUGCCAUGGAACUCACAGAAAAAAUGUUCAUCAAUAGGCUUGAUAACAAAAAUAAGACAAACGACGAACCGAACGAUUUGCGUCAUCAAAACAAUAGCAAUGACCUUCAGAGCACGUGUCGAAAAUAUCAACAUGUUGAAGCAAACGAUCUCCAAAUUGAAAAGGAAGCAAUUAAAGUCGAGUCCAAAAGACUUAACGAUGGCAAUCAGGAGAGCUUUAUUAGCACUUAUGAAGGGUCAGUAAAAGAUGAAAAUAUAGACUUGGAACUUCGAUUGAAAAUUGUAGAGCAAGAAACUAAAAUAAAUGAACUUGAAGGGAAGAACAAAGAAUUGGCUGAAAAGAACGCAAAAAAAGACAAGAAAAUCAAGGAAUAUAAACACACGAUCAAUAACGUUCAAAAGUGCAACAUUAGUGAUAUGGAAGCGCUUGUAUUUGAGAUAGCUGAUAAACAUGAUUACAUAGCACAUUUGCGCUCAAAGAUUACAAAAUUGGAGGAGAAGUUAGAGCAAUAUGAACGAAAAGUACAAUUUCGAGAGAAAAUAAUACGUGAAUUAAGGCGUUCAAAGAAUCAGCAACAGAAUUUAUCUCCAAUGAUGACACCUCCAAGAACGCCGGAACUCAAGCAAAGUCGAAGUAGUGCUGAUUUAAUAGAGAGUAAUAUAAUGUAUGGAAACAAUUACCUGUCAGUUCCUGCACAUAAAAUUAACAAUAUUGCAAAAGGCGACUCAUUUUAUUCCCUAUCCGAUAUUGAUCAGGACUCGAUGGUUGGAAAGUCAAUGUCAGACGUGAAUUUUGAUUGUUAUGAUGACAUUAAUAAAGAUGAGUUGGAGCGACUUCAGCACACGAUGACUGAAAUUGAAAGUGAAAACAGCUGUAAUCGUUUAAUGAUAACGAAACUUGAAGAUGAAUUGAUAAUGCUACGAAAAUGUGAAUCAAGAAAUAAACACGACAGGAACUUGAAAACAGAUAAAUUGAAUGUUUUGAAGCAUAAGAUACAGAAAAUCGAGGGCUCAGUAUUAGAGAAGAGUAACAAUGAGUCACCGAAAGAAACAGAACUGAAGCUUCAUCACAGCGAUCUUGCUAUAAUUGAGGAUGAACUGAAACCAGAAUUUGAUGUGCUUAACAAAUUAGUCAAAUUAGUGAAAUCAACCAAAACGAAUGUGGAUAAAUUGUCAAAAGAAAAUGCUGAACUAAAAAGUACGAUUGAUGGCUUAAAAGUAAAGCUAUUGGAAUCACAACAAAAUAGUCAGAACCUAAGUGUAGACAUACAACAACUUCAUAACUCGAAACUGCCAGAAAAUUAUCAACAGGAAUUCGAUAGUCAACGGGACUGUUUUAAAAUUAAAAGCUACGAAAGUGAUAGGCGCUUCAUAGCUCAGUUUUUAUCACAUUUGUUGGGCAAAGAGAUAUCCGCAGAGACAAUUGACUUAACUGGCGGUACAAGUAGUCCUGAAAUAAGUAGUGGCAAUAGCAGUCUUACAAAUGGACAUUCAUCCUUAAGUGACGUGAUUAAUGAGUGGAAACACGAGCUCGAAGAAAGAAAGUGUGAAUUAAGAAAUAAAAACGCAAAAAUUAAUGAUUUAGAGGAGAGAUUGCGGAUCAAAGAUAGAGAAAUCUGUGAAAUUCAAAAUGAUUUAAAGACCAUCCAAAUCGAGCGGGAUAAAAAUUGUCAAACGGCUAAUCAACUUAAAAAUGCCAUUCAAUAUCACAAUGAGUCAAUUCAGUUUUUAAAGCGGCAAAAUGCUGAACUGAAGGAUGAGCUUGGGGAAGCUAGAAGUAAAUUUGCCAAUCAUCGAGAUUAUUAUGAUGAAAUGAAGAAACGGAAUAUAGAGUUGGAGGAUGAGAAUAAUAACAUGAGAAUAACAAUCUCAACAAUGCGUACAGCUAUCGAAGAUCUUAAGCAUGGAAAUUCAGUGAGUGGAAAAAACUAUAAGUCAUUAAAGAAUAAGUUUUGGAAAGCUGGUGUAUGAUGAUGAUUGCAUACGAUGCUUACAUUUGGAGUUUGUUAUAUUUUUAUAACAUUUUUUAAGCGAUGCUGUUUUUAUUUAUUUUUUUAUGUGUACGAAAAACAAGAAAAGAAGUUUUGUAACAUUUUUUUUGAUGUCGUAACAUAGUUUUUCUUUCAUUAAUGCUGUGCCUGUGAGUGAAAGCUAAUAUCCUCUACGUGGGCAUUACACAUGUCUCUUAUUUUGCAUCUUAUAACGAUGAUGAUCAUGAUGAUGUUGGGUCGAUGAGUGAAGGUUUUCAUAACUUUGUAUAUUAAUAACGAUGUUCGUAUGAAUGCACACAUAGUGUAACCACAGAGAUGCGGUUUUAUGAGGAUCUGUAGAUUAUUUAGGUUCCAACCCACAUAGCUUUUUCCAUUCUUACUUUAAACUACAUUAGCUGUCAAUCAAAACCAAAUUCAAAUGAUUUAAGUCACCUGAUCACGUAGCAUAGCUUAGGAAGCACUGAUUAUAAGAUGUCAUAAGCUAUUAACCCCCAAAUGCAUGCAUUCAUAUGACAUUUCAAUGAAAAAUAAAACCUAAUGAGUUCAUGAAAAGAAAUAGUAAUUAAUUUGAAAGGAGUAGCAUUAAAUUAGCAAGCUAUGAUGUAUUUCCUGUAAAUGUAUUUUUCUUUCAUUUAAAAUACGACAGUUUUGAACUUUCAGUAAUGAAGUUGGUAAAUUAAAAAAAUAAAUCAUCAAUUUAAUUGUCAAUUUACGUACGGAAGGGUUCAUAAAGGCAAUGAAAUAUUAUAAUGUAUAUUUCAUGUCUGAGUAAAAGCCAUAAAUUAUAUUUUUAACGUCUAUUGACCCAAUGAAUGCUUUUUUUGUUUCCCUAACGGAUGAUAUGCUUUUUCUUUUAUUUUCUAAUGACGAGAGUGCGUUUGAUGAAAGAAAAUAACAGAGAAGAAAAUUGUAUUUGGGGGCUGUUCAAAAGUGACGUUAUUAUAAUUGAAUUAUUCUUUGAAUUCAGAUGUUAAUUUUGUAUUAAAAAAAUAUUUAGACGUCAUUUAUAAACGACCCACUUACCUUUGUACGGUAAAAGUUGACAUGCUUCUACGAGAAUUAAAGAGCAACUCUAGACAUUCUAUUUUUCAUAAUAAGAAGUUUCUAAACAACCCAAAAUAGAAAUCCAUUUUUAAAAUGCCGCCGUACUACACGCAGUGGAUGUCGUAAUGUAAAAGAAACUGUGUCUUUGUUACUAAUCAUUAAAAAUAGAUCACGGCAUGAGAUAAAUGUAAUUGAAAAGUGCAAUGAUAACAUAGAAUCGACCUAUAAGUCAAACUUGGUAUUUAAUUGUAAUGCGCAUGUUAAUGCUAAUUAAGUGUUAAUCGUAAGGCAAUAAAAUUAAUUCAAUAAUAGAAAAGAAAUCUAAUUAACUAUUAAGCAUGCAAAUAGACCUUUAAUAUGUACAAAUGGAUGUUUAUAAAGAAUGUGAUACGAAGAUAAUGUAGUUUUACUUGAUCAACAAUAAUUCGUCCAAUUCGAAUGAUUCCAGCCACGAAAAACUCGUUUAAUAUUCACGUAAUAAACUAGCGAUCCAAUUUAAAUCAAAUCAAUCUAAAAUUUACAGCACGUGUAUCAUUUGACCAUCAAAUUUAAGCCAAAAACAUUGAAUGACGUACUUCAGCUUGUUAGUUAAAAAAAUCAUUCCAUAAUUUUCGUGCUGAAAAUAACAAUUUGAAUAAAAUUCUUCAUUGAACCAGACACGCAAAGUAAUUAUUAAUGCUCUAUGAUCGAGUAAAAUAAUUUUAAUAAUGGUCCAAAAAAAUCUUAAAAUUAAUUAAUUUCUAAUCAAGUUGAAAAUUGUUUGAUGAAUCAGAAAAGAAUAACAAAAGAUUGGGAGGAUGUCAAAUUAGAUGUUACGUUUUGCAUCCGGAACAUUACCGGUCAAUCCAAAAAUUCUAGAUUUAUCAAAUUCAAGACUCUAAGAUUCUUCAACUCAAGAAUAUAUACCCUCGUAGUAGUGUUGACUUAUUUUUUCCCUUUAUAGCUGCAAGUAUUUUUUGGAUCAAUACAUAACAAUUCAGAGCUCGAAGUCGAUGAAAUUUUGUAUGGAGUCGAGUCCGUCAUACAAAAUCGAUGAAAGUCUUGAGUCGAAUUCGAGCUCUGUAUGACAUUGCUUAGAAAUUUAUUGAUUUCCUUAAUUUAUAUUUCGAAAAUCCUGAGAAACCCCUGAUAUCAUAACAGGAUUUUGACCAAGUACCCCAAAAUUCUAGGAUGAAUCAUCUAACAGAAAAUUCCAAUUAAUUAUUAUGCCAGUAAUCCAUUAAUAAUUUAACCUCAUGCGUAUUAUUAUACUUUGCAGUAUCUUUCUAUUUGCUUUACGUCACUCACUUCAAUUAACAAUAAUUGGCAUUAACAAAAAAAGCGAUUUUAUAAUUUUUAAUAACAAAUUCGCAUAAAAAUAAAUAAAUUGUAGGCAUCAACAGACGUGCUACAAAAGAUUGAAAAAAAAAAAUUAAAAUUUAUUCUUGCUCAAAAUUUCAAUAAUGUACGAUAAAAAAAAUUAAUUAAAUUUAAGUUUUUAAUCUGUUAAGCCUUAAUUUUAAUUUCCUGUUUGUUAAGAAAUAUUAAUUUAAAAAAAUAAAAAUUAAUUGAGAAGAAAUAGCUUUUCAUUAUGUCCCUUGCAUGCUUUUCCAGUGAGAUUUUAUGUGUGUGACCUUUUCUAAACUUUUAAGGAAUUUUGCGAUGCCUGUUUUCAUGGCUUGAGUAAUUUUUAUAGAUUUUCACACACUUACUUACGAUUUAAGUGAAACUUUCAGAUGCAUACGAAUGACAUUGAGGCAGUAAAAACAUUGAAUGAGCAAUUCUUAAAGGAAACAAUUCAAAAAGACGAGCAGCUAAAUCGUUUAAGAGAUGCCAAUUUGCAGCUACGAUCGCAAGUUUUUGAGUUAAACCAGGACAUACUAGAUCUGCUAGAAAUUGUUGAGAUCCAAAAGAAUAAACGCACGUUGGAAAAUUUCAAAAUAGCACAGAGAGAACAGCAACAGCAAAUUGAGAAGGAAAUUAGCAAUCGUGAGCGAGAUAUAAAUUGUUUGAAGCAUUAUCGUGGCCGUUGUGUUGAAAUUGAAGCAGAAUAUCUCGAUAAAAUGGCAUCCCAAAAAAUGAAAUCUGACACGACAAUCAAAGAACUAGAAUCAGAAAUCACAGCUCUUACUGAGCAACUUAUUCAGUCUCACACACAAGGUACACAUCAUGAGGAACUUAUGAAACAAACUGCCGUACUACAAAAUUCAAUGCAAGAACUCGAAAGCCAAAAUGAUAUUCUAAGGAAAACUAUUGAGUCUUAUGAGGCGCGUUUCGGUGAAUUGCAAGUUAAUUUGGACACUAUUCAAUUUGAGAACGGGAGCUUACUUAUGGAAAUAGAGAAUCUCAAAUCAGACGUAAGUGAUAAAAAUAAACGAAUAUCUGAACUGUCAGUAGAUCAGCAACGAAUAGAAACGGAACACGAGAUGCUAAAGAAAUCAUGUAACUGUUCAGCUAAAAAUUCACCAACGCGUACAUCGUCAACUGUGAUGCAAAUUAAUGAUCUUAAAACAAAAUUAAUGAACAAAUCACUAGAAAGUUCGAAAGCAACGGAAGCUUUGAAAAGAAAAACGCUACAGUAUGAGAAACUUCAAAAAACUGCCUUCGAGGAGAAGAGUAAAUUGAGGGAAGAGUGCCUUAAAUCCAUUCAGAUUAUUGGCGAGUUGAAGAGUAAGGCCUCGCUUCUCGAAAUGCGAGUGAGGGAACAAAAUGAUGAGGUGACGACUUCGAAAGACAAACUCAAUCAAAACCUAGCAAAAUUAGUUGCCAUCGAAUCAGAACUAGAUUCAAAAAGUGCAAAACUAGAGGAUUUAACAACCAGAGAAGAGAAAUGGAGGAUGCACGCGUACGAGAUAACACAUGAAAUCAAGAAUCGAAAAGAAGAUGCAUUUAAAAGGGAACAGAAGAUGAUGGAUGAAAUUGCAGCAAAAACAGAACAAUUGAAGGAUCAGACGAGGAUAAUUUUGCAGCAUGAGAACAGCCUUCAUCACCUUCGAAAUGAAAAUGAAGCUUUACGAGAAUCAAAUAGAGCACUCAAUCAUAGAUUAAACGAUCUUAAAGCUGGCAGUGAGGAACUGAGGGAAAAAGAAAGAGGACUCUCAGAGCUACUGGAAAAAACAGAAGAGGAGCUAAAAAUGAUCAAAUCAGAAGUCUUCCAGUUAUUUAAUACACACGCAGUAUCGGAUAUCAAGAAUGCCCACGGACAGAUGAAAACUGAGUCCGAAGAUCUUCAAACAAAGUAUCAAAACUUAUUAGCGGAUUAUAAUAAGCUAGUAGAAGAGAAUCGUACAUUGUGUGGAAUGAAGAAUGAUACAAUCUCUGCCAUAGAAUUAUUUAAGAAGCUUCAAGAUGAAAACCUUGCACGUGAAAAGUCGUAUAAAAUUCAAAUAGAAAAGCUUUUAAGUGAUAAGAGAAAUUUGCACAAAGAUCGAACGAGAUUGACGAAGCAGCUAUUAAGUAAGCAUCGAGAUAUGAUUAUCCUUAAUUCCGAAAUAGAUAAAUUUAGACAUUCUGAAGACUAUGAAAGCAGAUCAAGUAGUCAACACAAUUCCCUUCAACCCUUCCAACCUGUGAUGUACCCAUCAGGCAUAGCACCAUUAGCACGAUCAUCAAGCAAUCCUGAUUUGAUAGGAGAUCCAAUAUUAUUAGAUGCUAGAAGUCUAACCGAGAAAAUGUCUCAUGUAAGGAAAUUCUGGCAGCAUGGAAUUCAAACAGCUGUAACGUCACUAGUUAAUGUUCAACAAUCUGAAGCACAGCAAUUACAACCGCCAAAAGAUGCAGAAAAUAAGCCAUCUUAAUAUUAGUUGCAUUUAUUUCUUACAACUCUUUUCAUUUCGCUGUUCCUUAUUUUGUAAAUUUAUAGCGCACAAUAAAUCAAACGUGUUUACAGAUUAGAAA